CUCUCUCUCUCUCUCAUGUCGCGCGAGCCCACACCAAAUCUCUUUAGGCUACUUUGCGCAUGUACUGCCGCUCACAGCCAGCAUUGCAUCGACUCCAAGAUGGCGAAAGCACGUCUGGUGUGCCUCCUGACUCUCCUCUCAACUCACUGCUACUUCGGCGUGCUAGCCGUGGUACUGAAGACAGACAACAACUCACCGUGGACGGAUGAGUUUGACAGAGUUGAAUUAUCGUGUUUGAUCGACUCGAUUUCCACUCACAAUCCCAGGAUUGAGUGGAAGAAGAUCAAACCUGAGGGACCAAGCUACGUGUACUUCAACAUGAAGGUGUCAGGCGACUUGGCGAACAGAGCGGUGAUCAGAGAACCGGCCACGUUGGUGAUAACCAACGCCACGCGAUUGGACACGGCGAAAUAUCGCUGCGAGGUCACGGCUGCCGACGACCAGAAGUCCUUCGACGAGAUUGUGAUUGACCUUGUCGUUCGAGUGAAGCCGGUGGUUCCGAAAUGCAGCGUCCCCAAGUCAGUACCUUUUGGGAAGUCAGCAGAGCUGAGUUGUGUGGAGGAAGAGGGCUUCCCAAAGUCUCAGUACCAGUGGUUCAAGAACAAGGAGGAGAUUCCUGACGACCCCAAGAGCAGCCACAAAUUCUUCAACUCCUCAUACACACUCAACUCGGAAUCAGGAAUUCUGAAGUUCAUCUCAGUCAGAAAAGAAGACGCGGGCGAGUACUACUGCCGAGCAAGAAACGAUGCAGGAUAUGCUGAGUGUGCGCCGCAGAAGAUGGAAGUCUAUGACAUUGAUGUUGUGGGGAUUAUCCUCGGAGUGGUGGUGGUGGUUGUGGUGCUCAUAUGUAUAUCAGCCGGGAUCUGCUGUGCAUACAGACGAGGCUACUUCGCAAGUCAAAAACAGGCGGGGAACAAUUACAAAGUUCCAGCAAAAGGAGAUGGGGUGGACUAUGUCAGGACGGAGGAUGAGGGAGACUUCCGACAUAAGUCGUCAUUUGUGAUCUGAAAAAGACGAGAGGACCGCAGCGGGCAAUGUGCCAAGUGUGGACGUGACGGGCGGGACAGCCGUCCGCGUCUCAUCACGGAGCCGCCACAGUUCAGGCUCCGAGCUCUCUCGGCGUGACUGAAAUCCAACUUUUCCAAAAUCCGACCGUUUGCCAAAGGUGACAAGAUUUGACAGGACGACCGUUUGCAAAACUCCUCACUCAGAUAAGUUUGAUUUUCGCCAGCAAUUUGAAUCUCUUCCUCAACUGUGGACUUUAAAGUUAUUCCUUGGUACACCAAAAUCUGCAAAUACUGACACAUCUCUACUUUUUUUUUCUACUGUUGAAAUUUGUCACUCUAUUUUUGAUGGAAUAUAUUUUAAAUGCCUAUAGAUAAAGGUUUACUUUUUUAAAUAUUUGUAAAAUACUAACUGUGUUUUUUUUUAAUUCUAAUUAUUAUUUGCUUGUGGGUUUAAAUAUGUUACUUUAACCACUUUGUUAGCCUGUAAGCAUUUAUACCUUAAAGAAGGACAAACGGAAGCAGACUCGCGUCGGCAUAUCAACAUGUGGUUCAUGAUCGGCGGUGUUGUUGAAACUCUCCGCUGGGAUCGCCCUGGUUCCGUUGUCAGAGGCCUCCGGUUUUGUUUGUAGAUAGUCUUAGCGAGAGGCUUUGAAGAGUGCCAGUCAAAUGCUGUGAAACACUGUACACGAUCAGUGCUGUGUUUUCUUGAUUUUAAGUGUCCUUCUCUGCUUGCUGUUCAUCUUGUAUAUAUUGAAUUUGCUGUAAAGAGUGUCGUCGUCACCCCAUGCGUUGAGUUUUAGACAGGCUGUACGCGCCAGCCGUCCGUCAAGAAAGCUGGCACGGUCACUUAAACACUGAGGUAGCACAAACAUAUGCCUGGAACAGGUGUGAGGUGCAGCAGCUAAGUUCCGUGAAGUAGCGGUUGAUGUGUGCGGAAAAGUGAUUUGGUUCAUAUCGUUAUCAUUCUGGGGCCUCAUGGUCAAAACUGACGGAGCAUAAAGAAAACAGCUAAACAGGCAAAAAGUAACAUCUGCGUCGAAAGGACUGAGGCGAAGCAACGAGGCAAGCAGGAAGAGUGGAACAAUGUCAAGUAGUUGUUGACAUGAAGUUGUAUGACUGCACUGUCGUGUCAACGGUGACUCCUCCCCACGCAGCAAUGGACAAGCAGCAGCGGGAAAAUAACGCCGCCUUUUUCGUGUCAAGCGGUUUUGCGAUGCCAAUGUAUUACUCUUUUGAACACAUAAUGUUUGGAGAAGCAAAACGCUUCACCUACUAGCCAGAACUACUUCCUUCGACACCUAAAAAUACACGGUUCAGUUCGGUUUGGUUCGAUGCGUUUGUGCUAAGGCUUGAUAUCUUUUCAAUUAUUUUUUUAAAUUAGAAUUUGAUUGAAAUUGCCAACAUUUUUUUUCAUUUUUCAACAUUUUAAGCAUGGUAUGAUUGUGGGAGGCGGAGCUCAGUGGCUCUGUGCUUGACGAUGCAACCUAAGCCAGAGUAGUCGAUGGCAGAUACACUGAUCUAUCAGCACAGAGCGCCCUCAGAAGUUGAUCAAAUAAAUACGAAACAGUGCGCGUGUGUUGAACAGCAUUGACGGGCUAUGCUUCCCUCACACAACUUCAUGUCCAAAAGUCCAAACUAUCCAUUCAAGGAAGAAAUGCUGGAGGCGGACUGGAAAAGGAAGCAAGUAGGAAGGAGUCCGUCGUCAAGUACAAGCCGGCGUCUUCCUGCUGCAUCUGCUUUACUCAAAAAAAAGCACGACUCAAGCUAUGUCCACACCAACACAGAUAUUUUAAAAAUGCAUGUUUUUCUAUGUGUUUUGGCCUUUUGUUCACACACAAUAAUGGAAAACUCCUUCUGGGUGAAGAUUUUUAAAAAGUCCCAUCUUCAGUGUUUGUGUAUGGACGGGUAAAAACUAGGGAUGCACGAUAUAUUUCUUUUCAAGCCGUUACUGAUAACUUUUUAUAUUUAGUAUUUUUUUAUUUACAUUUAACUAGUUUGUGCACAUCUGGAGGUAGGAACGACUCAAACAAAGCUGGAUCUGACUAAUGUACCUGUAGAUUUGUCCUUCAUCACAACUAUUAACAUAAAAAAAUGGCGGCAGCUCCGACGUACAACGCGAGCCACCAUUUCCAUGAUGAAAUCACAGAUCGCUUUAGCCCUCAGGUUGACUCUGGCAAACCGUUUUGCACUUUUCAAACACGGCGGCGAUAGGAACAAGCCCCGGGCUUUGUACUUGUAGCAAUGCUGGCAUUUCGGGUGGCUGACAAGGUUUGAUGUUUAGAAGCUCGAUGGGUUUUUCUUUCCCCCAUCGUGGAGUGUUUUGUAGAGCGUUGGGCGCAUUUGGCGAAAUGCCUUCCUCUGUUUGUUUACAAGUGAGCUCAGGCCAUGCUUGAUCAGUAUUUGCUCCCGCUAACCCACCAACAGCACAGUACGGGUAAUCUCACCUCAGCUCAUCAUCUUUUUCAUUUUAUCGGAAUCAUGUCGUAAUUCCUCAUGUCGGCCCGAGUAAAGACGCAGCUUUUUGUGUGACGUACAUGACGUAACAACAUAUCACUAGUGAUGAAGCUGGGAACUUGUGGGUGCUGGGUUCAUGACUAUGUCGUCUCCGGGGCUCUAUGCAAAUGAGCGCUGAUUUUAAGGAUAACGUACACAUCGUUGCAUAUCGGAUUCAGGGGUGUCCAAACUUUUUCCACCGAGGGCCACAUACUGAAAAAUGACAGGAUGCAAGGGCCAUAUAUUUCAAGAAAAAACUGAACAAUUUUUGCUGUUGUUGUUUUUUUUUUUUUGUAUUUCAGACUUCCUAAAUAAUCUUUGUCCAUUUUCUUCUCAUAAUAUUCCAAUAUUUUGACUUUAUUCCCAUAAUAAUCUUCACUUUUCCCCCACCUAAUUCUCCAGGAAUGACAACUUGAUUUAGUUUUGUUUGUUUCUCAUAAAACUUUAUGCUACUAAAAUGACAUCAUUUUUCCAUUUUUUUAAAUUGCGACUUUUCUCGUUAGAAUACGACUUUUUUCUUUUGAUAUUUUGACUUUAAUCAUUUCUUAUAAAUAGUUGCGGGGGUUUUUUUCAUUUUUGCUGUGUUUUUUUUUUUUUUUUUAUAAUUUCAGCUGUGUUCUUGUAAAUUAUCUUCUCAUAAUUGUGACUUUUUCCCAUAAUAUUUUGAUUUUGUAACUAUUUCUGCAACAUAAGUUUAGAACAAUUAUAUUUUUAUUUGUUUGAUUGGUUGUCAUAAUACUAUCACUUUAAAAAAUGUCAUUUUUCUUUGACAUUUUAGUGUUAAUGCUGCUAAAAUGAUGACAACUUUUUUCUCGUAAUAUUUUGACUUUAUUCUUGUGAACUUACUGCUGACUUUUCCAUUUUAUGUUUUUUAGAGCAGCACACGGCUGCUUUAUUGGCCCUUUGGCUGCACUUUGGACACCCCUGAUCUAAUUCAUCUCAUAUUGACCAACAGAGGCGUUAUCAUGCACGACCAAGUCCACUGUGAUUGCUUUUUUCGGGGCUUCUGAUUGGACAAAAUGCACAUUUUUAUGUGGACAGAGAUUUUUUCUAAAAGCCCAGAGUGGGGAAACUGCAUGUUUUUCAAACUAUCCAGGUUUGUGUGGACAUAUCUUAAUCGACAAUAUUCCUCGUAGCUGGAUAUGGGGGGGGGGGUUCUGUGGACAGGACAAACAAACACAAAAAAAAGGCAUGACAGAAACACAGAAAGGAACACGUUUUUGCGUAAUCCUGCUAAGUACACAUGAACGUCUCGCUUUUAAGGGUCAUUUCUGCAAGUUUAGAAUGGAAGCACAAUACAGACCGCGAGAGACGCCCUCGUCUAGCAGCCUGUUAUCAACAUGGCCUGUAAUUAGUUGAGAUGCGGCACCUGCAACAAGGGAACUUGAACGACACAGCACACACGCAAUGGCCGCCCACACUAUUGACCAGAAACCUAACAAAUAUCCACGUCGGUACUUUUAGUUGCGACUAAAUGUUGCCGAAAGCGGGUAGAAUCAAGUUUGAUGUUACAUGAAUUCCUCUCGGGGGCCUGAAGGGUGAACAACACCAACAUAGACUACGAAGGUAGCAGUCAGUAGUGAAGUACAAUCUUCCUGCCGCAGUCGUGACCGAUUGUCAAGUGGCUGCCGGUGUGCCUCGUUGCGCCGCCCCGUACCGGACAUGAGAGGAUGCGGUGUACAAAAAAAAAAGAGGUGAUAUGAAGCACUUUCCAUGUGUAAGGCCGGUAAAAAGGUAACAUUAAACCGGGACAUUCUUAGCGUGCGGGCUAAAUGUGACACCCGUGUCCGAGCGCCGAGUCGUGUGUUCGUAAACAGCUGAGCGCCGCACUCGUUGCCCCUUUUUCCUCUCAUCUUUUCAAGCAGCACAACGGAAAUCCUGUCAAUUCCAUCCAUCCUCCAUGACGAGGCCCUGCUCUGUGGGUGUUGCAUGGGAAAUGUUACCUUUUACACCGCCUUGUUCAAGCCGGGGGUGUUCAAAGUGCGGCAAUGAAGACAAAUUCAUGAUGAAAGAUCCCUGCUUUUCGCUGGCGUUGUGCUCCACGCCUGCCAGCGAAUGUAUUUCCAAAAUGUCUAUUUCUACCACAUGCCCUCCCUCUAGCUUGACCUUGAUGUUCUCCUUCGAUUUCGGAUCAACAUUUGCAAUUAUGAGAUUAGAUUCAGCUCUAGAACCCUCCGCUUCUCUCUUCAAUUGCCAUUGCUCACUGGCAACAGAAGCGAAAUGCACAAUUCAGGUUUAAGCCUACUCAGCAUUAAUGAAUGAUAAUGAUGAUUCGCAUUAUCACAGCAACCAUGGUGCGUUCAAGGACCGCUCAACAAAGUACGUAAAAACAGCGGGCUGUAAUGUUUUACCUGCAUUGUCACGUGUUUAUAAAUUGUUAACGAGGCUUGUUUUGCAAAGUGCAGGGGAAAAAAUUACCAAUUUUUGGAGGGAAAAAACAAAAGUGUGAAAAUGUUUUGACCAAAAAUCUUGGCUGUGAAUGCUGACUCGCGAAUGUGCGGCGCUCCACUGUCGACUAGCCUGUAACACCAGGCUCUGUCCCGCGCCGCCGUGAACGAUUCUGUCUGCCUCCGGUUAAAUGUUUACGUCAGGCGAUGUCAUGCUGCGGAAUAUUCACAUGUUUUGACCACAAACGGUAGAUAGAACGUCCAAAACGUCUCCGAAACUUCUGCUUAAGUAGGAAUAACGUGUUCUUUCUGCCCAGCUCACGGAACAGCAAACGUCUGCUUCAUGAGUCGAAAAAUGUCCGUCUAAUUCCGUCUAUCAACAUCCAAUUUGAGUCUUAUGAAAGGCCAACUUUUUUUCGUAAAUGUACGGCUUUUUUUUUCUCAUAAAUUUACAACUUUAUUUUUGUAAACUUAUGACCUAAUUCUCGUAAAUGUAUGACUUUAUUCUGGAACUCUCAGAUUUUAAAUAAAAUUGUAAAUUUACGAGAAAAAAAAAGCCGUAAAAAAGCUAACUUUACGACUUUUUCCGCAUAAAUUUACGACUUUUUUUCUCGUAUUGUAAAUGUACGACCUUAUUCUCGUAAAUGUAUUACUUUAUUCUUGAAAUCUGAGGGGGUUUUUUUCAAAGUCAUAAAUUUCCGAGAAUAAAGUUGCAGAUUUAGAAGAAAAAAAGUAGCAAAUUUACACAAAAAAAGUCGUAAUAUUUCAUAGCGUCUCAGGCAAUGCCUGUUACAACGGAGUAUUAAAACGGCGUAAAUUUAUCAUCAUUUAUUCUCGUAAUAUCACAAUUUUUUAUUCCCGUUAAUUUAUUACUUUUUUCCUUAAUUCUGUUUUUUGUUUUUCCAGUGGAGCCCAAAUACUCCGUCGCACACGUGAGCCCGGCUGUGAAAACAUUUUUUAUUUGUAUCCACUUGCUGUCAAAAUGUCGUCGUGUGGCGCAUGGUGCGUUCAGCGCCUUCCCGACAGCCACAAAAGGCUAAAAAGCGGCGAGGUUCCGCCCAAGCAGCAGCGAAAACGGCAAAAGUAACAUCUGAGGAACCUCCCGAUUGUGGCCGGAAAUGUUGAAGGAGUUUGUCCCGGUUAGCGCCAACGGCUGGAGACGUCUGUGCGCCUUCGUUUUAUAGACCCCAUCGUUAAGCGGCGAAGUGGGGCGGAGCCUACGCUGGAUGAAAACGCACCAACACAGCCCGGCAGCCUCACAUUUGUCUGCGGUCAAACGAUGAACACCCCCGCUUGAAAUAUUAAAACGGCAGCAAGAAGAACUGAAAUGACUUUACCACAAAGUCAUUUCUGUUGACUGAUGGAUGCGGACUGAGGUGUAGGAGUCACGCAUACCCCCCCCCCCCUCAUUUAUACAAAUUUCAUUCCUCCCAAGUGCCUUCUGCCUUUAAAAUAGAUGGCCGCCCACUUCUCUGCGUGAGCGCUGAUAUUUUGCAUUCAUUUCCAAGCGCGGCGUUUGAGAGGAAUGACGUCACUGCGAAUUUCAUGUGCAAAUUUGUACUUCUUUUUUUUUUUCAUAGAUUAGACUAGACACGCCGAAGUAGGAUAGAAAUAUAUUAGUGCCUAAAUAUAGUGUGUGUGUGUGGGGGGGGGUAUUUUUGGGAAAGACGCAUCACACUAUCAAGCUAAAGAAUAUCCAAAGCAGGAGGAUUGAUUUAGUUUUGUCUUUUAAAGCUGCAGACGGCGUAUGGCAGCGACACGUGGCUGCAAGGUGACGCUGGUCAAAGAUUCUAUCAGCACCUUUAAGGGCAAUCGCAUCCAAGCUGUCUUUCUGCCGUCUGGCUUUUCUUGUUCACUCUGUCACGGGUUUUUGGGGGUUUUUUUGGGGAUCUGAACUCAUUCUGUGUCAUGUCUUUGGAGGGCUUGCAGGGGAUCAUUAGUGCAUUCUAGAACCACUUUAUUUGUGAUGAAUAAAACUCACUUCUAAAAACUACUGGAGAUGUGUUCUUUUUUCCCCCCCUGAAGAAGUGCUUCUCAGAUGGGGGGGUUGUGGCCAUGAGGGAGCGGCGGGGGCACUGGUGAUGGAUAUUUUGGCUCUUUUUAGAGAGCCGCAGCCGCAUUUUUGUUGUCCUAAAUGAAUUUAUGAGCAAAUGAUGUGUAAAAUGAAUGACUAAUGUAAAAAAAGCAUGAUUUCAAAUGUUUAGUAUUGAAAUGGAUUCAUUUCAACCUCAAUGAGCAGCUACAAAAACAUAGCAUCAUUUUAUAUUAUAGAUAAAAUACCAAAACCAAGACCCUUCUCAAUAGACAAAUUAAGUCAAAAUAGGUCAAAUCUCCUCAUGCAGCCCCCAUCCCCCGCCCCCACCCCCCCGGUAUGGACACAGAGACGCGGCCACACAUCUUGACCGAUGACAUCCGCCUUUAACAGGAAAAAAAAGACGAGAAAAAACUAAUCGGCUCCCGAUUUGCUCCCAACAACGCGAGCCGGCUCUUAAGAGUCGAUUCGUUCACGACCGACACAUCACUACGGGGACUAUACUAUGAGUUCCCUCAUUUAUCGCGGGGGACAGGUUCCCAAAAUAGCCUGCAAUAAGUGAAAUACACGUUAUACACUUUUCUCUGACAUUUCUCUCUUGUUUAAACACUCCCAAAAAAGUCCAAACCUUGGUUGGAAUUUUAAUGAUGCACCUGCAGUUCGGACACAAGAAAAGAUGAAGUCACUCACGCGUAUUUCACUCACAUGACCGUGCCUUUUCACUCUGGCGCCGUUUCGCUGUACCGUAGCGUUUUAUUUUUACACUUGUUAAAACAUAUCGCUGCAGACGAACCGUAGAUUCAUUUACAAGCUAGCAAGCAAUCGAGCUACCGAUGACACAGGAGACGUGGCGGGAAGUCCAAAAAACAAUGGGCGGUGCAGACAGACCAGAGAGGGAAAAGCAAGACACUCAACUUCCCACAAUGCAAUUCUUCUUAAAGGGCCAGGCUCUGCUGUCGUUAAAAAAAAGACUAAAAAAAAAACCUGCGGAAGGUGAACCGAGAUAGACAUAAGAUAUAAGACAUAAGAUUUCUCUACAGGAGAACUGCACUUUUUGGGGACUUUUGCCCAUCAUCAUCUCUUUUCUAACAAUAGAAAAAUUGAUUUUUUGAAAACAGCGUCUGGCUGGAAAAAGUCUGCAAAAAAGUCUGCAACAACGGUGCGUUCACAUUCAAUGUGAGGUGCAUCCCAGCGACAGCGUCAUUGUUAUUAUUAUUAUUAUUAAUAUUCUUACGCCCAUCGAACUACGUUACUGGUGCAUUGACACUUAGCCAUACCACACCGAGUAGCUACUAGCCGGUUAGCAGCUAGCAUCACCACAGACCCGCCUGCAGCACGAGGUGUUCAAAGGCCCUAUUGUGUCCGGUUUCUUUUUAUUUUUAUGCAAGUUCACUCACCUUUUGUUUAGGACGACAGAUGGAUUUGUUGUCUUUUUAUUCCAUUAUUUUGUUGCUGCUUCCAUUAAAAAUGUGUUUGUAUGCAGAAUGAUUAAUGACUUGUGGUAAAUAAGCCCCGCUGCUUUCCAGACGUGUCGUCGCGUACGCGUGAUGUGCUUUCAAUGGAACUUUGUGAAGCGAAACCGAUAAAACACCAUCGUUAUUAUUCCAAGUUGUGUUUAUGGUGAAAGGUUUAUUUUUUAACAUGUAUUAGAACGUUUCCAGGCAAAGUCAGUGGUUUUUGAAGGGUCAACCCAGUUGAAUUUUGUCCUGCGUUUGGAUGUUGUGAUGUCUCCGAUGUCAUUUGUGGGAACGGAGGCAACGCGGUAUGUUGGGUUUGUUGUGUGUCACACACUAUCUAUAUUCUUGAAACGGCACAACAGAGCACGGUGAUAUAUUUUCAGAAAAAUCCCGCCAGCGAGGCCGUGACCUUUCCCUUAAUCCAGCGUUCUGAGCCGCUCACCGCCUGAAUGCCACGCAGCACAACGGUGCUCUUUCCUCUCCUCACCCUCAGAGACCAUACAAGCUUUUCCUUUUGCUAAAUGCUCCGACGGCAGCCUGUAACUCUACCAGGACGUUUAAUUGCCGUGUGUGGUCCCUAAAAGCUCACAUGUACAUGUGCUUCCUGUUUCCCGCCCACAGCCACAAUAAAAGCACUUAAAAGAUAUUGGUAAAAAAAAAAUGGUAUGGUUCCUAAUGCACAGAAUUAUGGAUAAGCUCAAUUCAUGGCUAUCCUGUGGGUGGUAAUGACACCGCCGGUUUCUGAUGAUUGAUUUGACUUUGUGGUAAGAGUGGAUGGAUGAGGCUUUGCACACAAGCGCUUCAGCACGGCGCACGCAGAUCAGCUGGGAGGUCAAGCAAUGACAGGACGUGGAGGUGAGGGAAAACCAUUUGGUCGAGGACAAGGGCCUCUUCAAAGAGGUGGACACGUGGGGCUCGUCCGGGGACAGAGAGCGAUAACGGGGACUGAAAGAACGUGUUAUCGGAACCACAGAUUCAGAAGUGCAGGUUUUCUUCGGUGUUAUUUAAUGUUAUGUUAUGUUAUUUAAUGUUAUAUUAUGUUAUUUAAUAUUAUGUUAUUUAAUGUUAUGUUAUUUAAUGUUAUAUUAUAGGACGUUACGUUAUUUAAUGUUACGUUACAGGAUGUUACGUUAUUUAAUGUUAUGUUAUUUAAUGUUAUAUUAUAGGAUGUUAUGUUAUUUAAUGUCAUGUUACUUAAUGUUAUGUUAUGUUAUUUAAUGUUACAUU